GUUAUCGAUAACAGGUGAAUGAGUUUGUGAAGGCCCAUCGUAAUGCGACGCAGUUUGGCGCCCAGCCAACGGGGGCCUUUGCGUCCCGAGUCGCGGCACUCCUUCACUCCGCCACUGCUGAAGAAGAACAAAAGAGCCUGCCAGCAGGAACUGGAGCGGGAGCAGGAGCUGGACAGGAAGCGCCAGAGCGCCCUUCGCGAUGAUGGCAACACAGUGGAGCUCCCGCUGCCCAUUCGCUUCACGGCGAACAGCGAGUACGAGCGGGCUAUUGCCAAGGUGCUGGCCCGCAAGUUUAAGGUGCCCAUGGACAACUACAUUCCGGAUUACGGGGGGAAACGAGUCCUGGGCGUUCGACGCUGCAUUUCCCGGCGACCCCUGCACGAUCCGCUGGCCUGCAACGCCCUGGUGCUGUUCCAUCCGCCCGCCUACACGGAGCACGAACGCAUGUCCAUGGAUCCCACCCAGAUUCUGGUGCACGUAGUGGUGGAUCCGCUACUCAGCAAUAUCCUGCGGCCUCACCAACGCGAGGGCGUGCGCUUCAUGUACGAGUGUGUGGAGGGAAAGCGCGGCAACUUCAACGGCUGCAUUAUGGCCGACGAAAUGGGCCUGGGAAAGACGCUGCAGUGCGUCACGCUGGUGUGGACACUCCUAAGGCAGGGCCCGGAGUGCAAGCCCACGAUCAACAAGGCCAUUGUCGUGUCGCCGUCGUCGCUGGUGAAGAACUGGGAGAAGGAGUUCACCAAGUGGCUGCAAGGACGACUUCUCUGCCUGCCCAUGGAGGGUGGCAACAAGGAGAACACCAUCAAAGCACUCGAGCAGUUCUCCAUGACCUCCUCGCGGCUGGGCACGCCCGUCCUGCUCAUCAGCUACGAGACAUUCCGCAUCUACGCGGAUAUUCUGUGCAAGUACGAGGUGGGAAUGGUGAUUUGCGACGAAGGGCAUCGGCUGAAGAAUAGCGACAAUCUCACAUACCAGGCACUGAUGGGCCUGAAGACAAAACGGCGGGUCCUGCUCUCCGGUACGCCCAUUCAGAACGAUCUUACGGAGUACUACAGUCUGGUGAACUUUGUGAAUCCAGAGAUGCUGGGUUCGGCGACCGUUUUUAAGCGCAACUUUGAGAGCAGUAUUCUCCGGGGCCAGAAUGCCGACUCCACGGAAGGCGAACGACAACGGGCCAUCGAGAAGACGCAGGAACUGAUAGGUCUAGUCGAUCAGUGCAUCAUCCGGCGCACCAAUCAGAUUCUCACAAAAUACCUGCCUGUUAAGUUUGAGAUGGUCAUUUGCGCCAAGCUAACGCCGAUUCAGCUUGAGCUUUAUACGAAUUUCUUAAAGUCGGAUCAAGUUCGCCGAAGUUUAGCUGAUUGCAAUGAGAAGGCCUCGCUCACGGCCCUGGCUGACAUUACAACGCUAAAGAAGAUUUGCAGUCAUCCGGAUCUCAUUUAUGAGAAGCUUACUGCACGGGAAAAGGGCUUUGAGAACUCGCAGAAUGUCCUGCCUAGCAAUUACAAGCCCAAGGAUCUAAAUCCAGAGCUUAGUGGCAAGUUCAUGCUCCUGGAUUUCAUGCUGGCCGCCAUUCGCGCCGACGGCAAUGACAAAGUGGUCCUCAUCUCGAAUUACACCCAGACCCUGGACUUGUUCGAGCAGUUAGCAAGGAAGCGAAAGUAUGGAUUUGUACGCCUUGAUGGCACCAUGUCCAUCAAGAAGCGCUCCAAGGUUGUUGACCGGUUCAAUGACCCGGAGUCGGACAGUUUCCUUUUCAUGCUGAGCAGCAAAGCGGGCGGUUGCGGCUUGAAUUUAAUAGGAGCCAAUCGCCUGUUCAUGUUCGAUCCCGACUGGAAUCCGGCCAACGAUGAGCAAGCAAUGGCCAGAGUAUGGCGUGAUGGGCAGAAGAAGCCUUGUUACAUUUAUCGCCUCGUUGCCAGUGGUUCUAUUGAGGAAAAGAUUCUGCAGCGGCAGACGCACAAAAAGUCCCUGUCCAGCACCAUUAUUGACAACAACGAGUCGGCCGAGAAGCAUUUCACCCGUGACGACCUGAAGGACCUGUUCACAUUUGAUGCAAAUAUCUUAUCCGAUACCCACGACAAACUCAAAUGCAAGCGGUGCGUCCAAAACAUCCAAACGAAGCCACCGCCUGAUGACACGGACUGCACUUCGCACUUGUCCCAGUGGUAUCAUUGCGCCAACAAUCGCGGCCUGCCAGACCACAUUCUCGCCCAGGCCUGGACGGAUAGCAAGUGUGUGUCCUUUGUCUUCCACCACCGGUCGCAGGCUCAGGAAAUUGUGGCCAAGGAGGAGGAGGAACAGCCACAGGAAAAGCCCGCCAGCCGCAAGCGUCCAUCAACACCCCUCAGUGAUGACAGCGCCGAUGAGGACUUCAUUGGGUUCUAGCAGUUGUUAGCAGUUUAUUGUUUAUCAACUCGCCGUCGUUCGGUUACUUAGGUCUAAACUUAAGAUACUUUUUCUGGCCUCCUAGCAAUCUUAACAAUUAAAUAGUUUAACAUUUCAAAAAUGGAACCAGCACAAAAUGUAGACGUGCUAGGGACGAAAGCUCUUAUGAACAAAUCUGGCAAACUAGGAAUCAGUUCAAUGAGUUUAUUUCUUGUGAAAUACUGAUUAAUUUCUAUAGCCUAAAAUGGUCGCCAAUUGUGUCGAAUUGUAGGUUAACAAAGCUCAGUACAAAUAAACUUCGCGCCGUUAGGAGUUUGGAAAAA